AGGUUUUGCUGUGAGAUGUAUACUGAUACAAUGAGCAGUAUUGUAGCUGUUGGACCUGAGCCUAGUAGAAUAGUUUGUCCUUCAUGUCGGGCCACAAUCGUCACUAGAAUAGACCGGAAGGCUACUACUAAGACACAUCUAAUGGCGUGCUUUCUCUUUGUAUUCUUAUGCUGGCCCUGUAUUUGCGUUCCUUACUGUAUGAAUUCUUGUCAAAACGCCGAUCACUACUGCCCCAAUUGCAACGCUUACCUCGGAACAUAUCAAGGUUGAUUCUCUACAAUAAUAUGAAUUCUACAAUUUUAAGGUGUAUGUUUAUGUAUAUCGCUAUAAUUCAUAAUAUUCUCCAAUACACAAUAAAUAAAACGUAGUAAAACUAUGAUCGUUUAUUGCAAUAUAUAGAUCAAAUAUUACGUGGCACUUAAAUGUUCCAUUGUUUGUGUACUAAGUACAUCAUGCUGUCAAAUGUGUUUGAGCAAUUUUAUCAUUACCCGAAAUCACGGCCCAGUGCUCAGUGAAAUGAUUUAAACUAUUCUAAUGUAAGAUUGCGUCAGCCCGAGCAAACUAAACGUACCAAAAUUCGGUACAGCUUCACGUAUUUCUCUUUGUGUGUGGCUUAAAUUUACCAGACGCAGUAAAAUAUAAGUCCAGAGUGGAGUAGAAUAGAGGAAAUAAAGCGGUUAUCUAAAGUCGCGGUGCCGGCCAUCCGCUGUUAGGGUUGCCAGAACAAUUUAAAAUUAUUUCAUUAAGAUGUUGCAAGUGUAAAGCGGAUAGCCGGAUACUCAAACGUUCUAAUUAUGAUAUUUACGAACUUGUUAAAAUCAACAAUAUUUUUUUUAAUAAGUUCGCAUCGAACUAUGUAUAAAAAUUAUAAUCUAAUUUUUAUUCAUUAAGCUUAUGAAAUUAUUCUUUUGAUCUUUGUGAUUUCCUCCCAAAUGGUGGUAUGAUUACUUAAUUUGUAUAGCUUCAUAUCCUUAAAAUUUACGAAUAAAAACACCAGAAGACUACUGUAGAAAUGAAACCAGAAUGAGAUAUAUCAACCCUUGGAAAUUGUUUUAGAAAUCAUAUUUGAGGUAGGUCCUUACGUAUACGCCGAUACAGAUUUGCAAAAUUUCUUCGGAUAUAAAAUAAAAUACUUAAACUAAUACAAGUAAACAAUUGUUAAAGAAUAGAUAAUCUAGUGGCGGUAUACGUAAGUACCUAUACAUCUUAUGCAAACAACCAAACAAUAUAUUUAUAUGUUAUAAGGUUCUAUUUAUUAUGUCAUUUGGAGACCCUAGCUACAAUGUGCUACCAACGUUUAUGAAACGUUAAUGUACAAAAUAUCUUCAAUGGUUUUAUAUUAUUUUGUUAACUAUUUAUCUUUUUUAGAUACAUUAUGUGUAUUUCAAUUUAAUGAUAAGAGUUUUGCUAAUUUAUUUUAUAGCCCAUAAGUUAAAAGGGUUUUUAUUAUUAUUAUUUGUAACAGAUAAAGUUAGUUGUGGUGUUGAAAAUAUACAAUUUAUAUCAAAUAUCAAUCUCGGAAAAAUUGAUCUAGAACUACCUGUCAAUAAGAAACUAAUUGUAUAGUGAGUAAUAACAAUAAAGAAUAUUUUCAAUUA